AUGAUGUCCGAAGGAUUGGCUACUUCAAAGGGAGUACGUCAAGGGGGAGGGCUUAGUCCCCUAUUGCUUAUAGUAUUUAUGGAUACAGCACACAGGAAGUUGCAAAAAGUGGAAUUGGCAGAGCGCGCAUUUGCAGAUGAUUUGGUGUUGGUAACUGGUAGUGUUGGGAGUCUACAGGAAAAUUUGAACACUUGGAACACAGUACUUGAAGAUAAUGGUAUGUAUCUAAAUAAACUUAAAACUAAAGUUAUGGCUGUGUCAAAUGAAAAACUCAAUAUAGACGUAAGAAUAGAUAAUGUAAAAUUACAACACGUGCAUUCCUUUAAAUAUCUGGGAGCUAUAUUGAAACAUAACGGCAGAAAUGAAAUAGCAAUUUCUGAAAGGAUAGGAAAGGCAAACAACUUGUACUAUGCGAUGAGUAAAGGUUUUAUCAACAAGAAAGAGGUAUCAAGAAACCAAAAAUGA